AUGGCCUCCGCACCCAACGACCCCGAGACUCUCGCCCACGUCCAGAAGUUCUGGGAGGCCAGGAAGCCGCGUAGUCCCAUCUACCAGUUUCUACUUGACGAUAUCAAGCUGACUCAUGCCUCGAAGGGUGUCGUACGCGCGCGGCUCUUGCUGACCCAAAAUCAUGUUAACACCCACGGCGGCAUUCACGGGUCAGUGUCUGCUACGCUUAUUGACUGGGUUGGUGGCGUUGCUAUUGCAGCCUGGGACAAGCGCGACAAGGCUGGCGUGUCCACGGACAUUCACAUUUCCUACGUGAGCUCUGCAAAGGAUGGCGACUGGAUAGAGAUCGAGGGCCAGGCCAACAAGGUCGGCGGCACAUUGGCCUUCACCACAGCCACGAUCUGGAAGGUUGUCGAUGACCAGCCGGGGCCUGUCGUUGCCACGGGAAGUCACACCAAGUUUGUGAGGAUCUAG